CAUCAGCAACAACGGCAAUGCUUUUGAAUGUUUGCACUAGAAUGUUGCUGCUGCCUGUAAAGUGUAGAUCUUUUUCCUUGAUCAGUUUUUAUCUGAUAGUGCAGUAGGUUGUGAAUUCCCAUAUGCAUUGUGGACUCACAUCAGGUGUUGAAUUUCUUCAUUUUAGAGGAAUCAAUUGGCUGAUGAUAAUUUUUGUUAAUUUGUAGAGGCUGAGAAGUGCUCCUAUUAAGUGCUUGAUUAAGACUUAAGAGGAAACAACAGCUUCAAUGUUGCGAUUGCAGCUGUGAUUGAGCCAUGGUAAGUGUUUCAGCUCUUGGAUUGGGGGAGAAAUUGAGUUCAAGUUUGCUGGGUUUUUCGUUAGUUGGUUCUUAGAUUCCUGGUCAAGUUCCAAACUAAAGCUGUAAAUUUGUAAAUUCUUUGAAGUGAUUGCUUGAUUCUGGAACUUCUUGGGUUGGUUGGACUUGGUCACUCAGUCUGUACUGAAAGCUCAGCAGUCCUGGAACAUAGCGCUUGAUUUCAGUUAACAUAUAAAAGAGUGAUAACUGGAGGAAGGUCAUCAGUAGAUUCUUUUUAGGAGAGUUUCGAGUACAAAUGGCGCCUCGUCUCAGUCGUUAUCGUCAAUUCAUCAGCAGUUCCGCCAUAUGAUUCAGCAUAUAUCUAAAGUUAGGAUUCGGUUGAUGGCCUCUGCUUGAGUUACUUCUGUUUGUUUGCUUGUCAACCUCAUUGGACGGCAUCUAACUUAUUUCUGUACUUUCUUUUGCAGUUACAGGCCACUCUUAGCUGUUCUUGAGAGUGAUAACUGUCAGAAGUGCUAUUUUCUUCCAUGUUUGCAGCUCGAUCUGCCAGAUGGUGAGAAACCAGCCAAUCUAUCAGCAGUUCCACCACGAAGGUUCCCCAAACAUAUUCACUAAAGGGCUCAAAAUCCCUUCCUUCAUUCCUUGGAAUCCCUGCAAUUCUAUUGGUUAUGUUGAUCUGCAGCAAAGCCUUGUCCAGGUGGAUUCUUCCAGCAGGUUUCGAAGUUCGAACACCUUGAGGACCUCCAAAGAUGAAGGCAAUAUGUUCUGCUGCUGAGGUUCUUCUCCCUUGCAAAUGUUAUAGGAAGUGAACCAUAUGUUCACAGUACAGCAGAAUAAGCAAGAGUUGGUGACAAACAUACAAACAAACAUGAUUGGGCUCCUUAAUAUUUCGUUCGAAGUUAUUACGUACGAUAUCUGUAUACAUGUGAUGAACAACUUGGAAAAUUAUGGGAUCGUAUUCGUAUGUUAUCUGUCCCCUUUGGCCUGGAAUUUCAUCAAAGAUUGGAAUUCAAGCUAAUCACUUUGUUGAUGUUCUUGGUUAUGAAUGAAGGCAAGUCAAUUUAGUGUUUUAAACUUUUAAUUACCGCGGGAAGGAAAAUAUUGAGCCCGCACAUCGGGCCCAUAAAAAUAACAGGGCCGCGCGGCCCAAACAUAACCGUAUCAUUCGCCCCAGCUUGAACCAAUGAAACCUCGCCACGUGUAUCACCCAGCCUCUUUGAUCGAAAUGGUUCCGCCGCGGAAAUAUCUCUGCCACUUUCCAUUGUUUGGUCAGCUCCGCCGGGUGGGAAAUCGGCGAUCAACGGCAGCGGGAGUUCCAGCUACUACUACGGCAGCCAUGUCUCGAAGCAUCUCGUACAUAACGGGGACCCAGCUAGUCUCUCUGAAGCGCCUUCCCAACAUCGCCAUAAUCGAUGUCAGGGACGAAGAGAGGAGCCACGACGGACAUAUAGCCGGAUCGCUUCACUACGCCAGCGGUAGCUUCGGCGAUAGGAUCUCUAAUCUUGUUCAGGAGGUCAAAGGGAAAGACACCCUCGUCUUCCAUUGCGCGCUCAGCCAGGUUCGAGGACCAACAUGUGCAAGAAGGCUGGCGAAUUAUCUAGACGAACUGAAAGAAGAUGCAGGAAUAAAAAACGUGAUGGUUUUAGAUCGCGGCUUCAACGGCUGGGAAGCUGCUGGUAAACCUGUCUGUCGCUGCACCGAUGUUCCCUGCAAAGCUGGAUGUCAGUGAUUGAAUCAUCAACGACUCUACAACGCAGUUCAAAAUCCGGGUUCCCUGCUAAAGAAGCAACACAAUCGUACUACUAUUGCCUUCCCUCACACUAGUUGGUCUAGAAGACUAAGCAUCAUCGUUAACUCUACUUUACCAUUUUUGGUUGUUGUUAUGAUGAUCGAAAAUGCUGUCUUGAAUGCAUAUUCUGGUAAAAAGAAAAACUAGGAAAGAUCUGUCAAAUCCUGGGAUCUCCUUUACACGUUUGUAAACAUUAAACAGGGUAUGCUUGGUUCCAGCAACGAAUUGCCUCGAAUUGUUACACAAUCUGGUUUUUUAUUUGCUAAUGUUUUAUAUGGAUGAGCUUGAAUCGUUUUUCUUAGCUUGUGAUGUUCAUCUUAUGCCGGAAGUUGUAGUUGAGUAGUAUACUGAUUUAGAUCAAAUUGGUCCAGGACUAGAUAAGUAAUGAAAAGAAAGAUUGAGGAGUAGAACUGGAAGAUAAGAAAAUAAGGAACCGUUU